AUGGCGGAGCGCAUCUUGAUGAACGAAUUCAAGGGCCUUCUCAAAGAGAAGUGGGUUCACGUCCAGUUGCACGAUGACGACAUCUUCAACUGGGAUGUCGCCCUGAUCGUGAUCAACCCAGACUCCAUGUACUACGGCGGCUACUUUAAGGCCUCAAUGACGUUCCCAUCCAACUACCCCUAUGCUCCACCAAAGUUCCGUUUCCUGCAACCCCUCCACCACCCAAACAUUUACACCAACGGCAAACUAUGCAUCUCCAUCCUUCACGCGCCCGGCGAAGACGAAAUGUCCGGCGAACUUGCGUCGGAGCGCUGGUCCCCCGCGCAGCGCGUUGAAUCGGUUCUUAUCUCCAUUAUCUCUCUGCUUGACGAUGCCGAGCCUUCCUCCCCCGCGAACGUCGAUGCUGCCGUCCUGUUCCGCAAUGAACCCGAAGUCUACCGCCAGCUUGUUAAGGCCGAUGUCGAGAAGUCGAAGCUCGAUAUUCCUGCCGGUUUCGAGAUGCCCACACACGAUACUCCCGUCCGCGAGCCGGUGGAAAAGGAAGAUCAUGACUUCUGGGCCGAUAGCGAUGUCGACAGCGAUGUUUUCGGUGGCAGCGACUCUGACGACGAACUCGACAUGGGCCAGUCUAGCGGCAGCGAUAUGGAGGAGGACGAGGAUGAAUCGGCAGACGAUGGUUCCACCGAGACGAAGAAGGUUGAGAAGCUUCUACAACAUAGUCGGGUGCAUAGCAGGCGGAAGCAAACACACCGCAACAACCACAGCCCGCAACGCCCAUCUCCCUUCUCAGCACCACCUAUUUCACACCUCCUCGGUACAAACAUUUCCACCGACGCCAUGCACGCGGCACUCUUCAACGGAAUCGCCUCACACAUCCACGAAUAUGACGACACACACCUAGGCACAAUCAUCCACCUAACAGGACCAGUAACAUGUGCACUCCUCGCUAUAAUCCCGGCCCUCUUACGUCCCGUUUCCGGGGCCGAGUUCAUAACCGCGCUAGUCGCUGGCAUUGAAGCCGAGGGUAAAAUCUUUUUGUUCUAUCAGGAGUAA